GCAGGAGGUGAGGACAACGCGCCGAGAGGCAUCUCUGCCCCAUGCAGACACCCCGGAGUGCCCUCCACGCGGGCGCGGAGGCGGUGGUGACUUAACCUGUGUUGGGUUUGGUGGUGGUGGUGAGGGCAGGUAGGGGCACUGCCCAUUUUGGCCAAGGGUCACACAGCAUUUACAUCACAAUUGGACCAGAGUUUUAAAAUGUCUGGUCCUCUCCCUCCCCACCACCCGCGGCUGUGUCCAGACGGAGAAUGUUCUAGCGCUGGGGGCGGCUGCGGAUGAAGUCCUUGGGGGGAAAAGAAGCAGGCCAAGGGCGAUGGUGGAGUAGAGCUGCCUCGCAGAGGCAGCAUGAGCUGAGAGGGUGAUAGGAAGGAAGGAGGCACUAGACAGCAUGGAGGACUUUCUGCUCUCCAAUGGGUACCAGCUGGGCAAGACCAUUGGGGAAGGGACCUACUCAAAAGUCAAAGAAGCAUUUUCCAAAAAACACCAAAGAAAAGUGGCAAUUAAAAUUAUAGACAAGAUGGGAGGGCCAGAAGAGUUUAUCCAGAGAUUCCUGCCUCGGGAGCUCCAGAUCGUCCGCACCCUGGACCACAAGAACAUCAUCCAGGUGUAUGAGAUGCUGGAGUCUGCCGACGGUAAAAUCUACCUGGUGAUGGAGCUGGCUGAAGGAGGGGAUGUCUUUGACUGCGUGCUGAAUGGGGGGCCACUGCCUGAGAGCCGGGCUAAGGCCCUCUUCCGUCAGAUGGUCGAAGCCAUCCGCUACUGCCAUGGCUGUGGUGUGGCCCACCGGGACCUCAAAUGUGAGAAUGCCUUGUUGCAGGGCUUUAACCUGAAGCUGACUGACUUUGGCUUUGCCAAGGUGUUGCCCAAGUUGCGCCGGGAGCUGAGCCAGACCUUUUGCGGCAGCACAGCCUAUGCCGCCCCCGAGGUGCUGCAGGGCAUUCCCCACGAUAGCAAGAAGGGUGACGUCUGGAGCAUGGGCGUGGUCCUCUAUGUCAUGCUCUGUGCCAGCCUACCUUUUGACGACACAGACAUUCCCAAGAUGCUGUGGCAACAGCAGAAGGGGGUGUCCUUCCCUACUCAUCUGGGCAUCUCGGCCGAAUGCCAGGACCUGCUCAAGAGGCUCCUGGAACCAGACAUGAUUCUCCGGCCUUCAAUUGAAGAAGUUAGUUGGCAUCCAUGGCUAGCAAGCACUUCAUAAAAGCAAUGGCAAGUCCUCCCCAAUAAAGCAAGGGGAGAAAGCAAACCCAAAAACCCGCUUCUAAAA